AUUACAAGUGAACAAUUCUUAGUUCUUACUGUACCUGUUUGUUACACUUCAUUUCGUGUAAUUUAUCAUUUCAUAAAUUAUUGCAACUAAUCUCGAAGUAAUUUGAUGAUUUUAUAACCCAUUCUCAAACUCGAAAUGUCUUGCAAUACUUGUCAAGCUAAAUUUUCGUUUUUCACGAAAGAGAAUGGUUGUCCCAGCUGUGGCUUUUCUUACUGCAGUAAAUGCUUGAAGUAUAAAUGUAAUCUUUCUGAUGUUGGAGAAAAGAAAAUUUGUGGACGAUGCUUUAAUAAAUUGCAAAAAAAAGAAUCUCCUAUUACUCCAACAGAUGACUUUUCUAUUCCUGAUGGACUUGCUCAACCUCUUGUUCCCAUUGACAUAACUAAAAGAUUGGAUUCAUUGGAAAACCCUUCAAGGCCACCAAUAACAAUGUAUAAAGGAAGUAAACUUGAUAAAUUACAAGUAGUUUUAGAUCCAGUUGAUCAAGAAAUAGUCAAUAGAUUGAAAAAAUUAAAAAAUGAAGACAAGCGAGUACCUCGUCCAACAGAAGAUGAUAUUAGACGUAGACUCGCUUUACUGAAAGAUGUAGAUCCUGACAUUCUUCCACAACCAGUAAAUCUAAAUAAAGUAGAUACAAGAACACCAGAACAAAAAACUAAUGAUUUGAUCAGUGAAUAUCUUGAUAGAUUAGAAAUUUCAAAAGCAAGUGAAAAAACAGAUGAUGAUAUUAAAGCUAGAUUGGAUGCCUUGAGAGGGGUAGAUUCUUCAAAGUACAAAGAUGAUCCUAUGGCUAGCUAUCAGGAAUAUGAUGAAGCUACAUCUACAAAGAAAAUAAUUGAAAAAGCUAUAGCUGAAUCUGCACUAGAGUCUAUAUAUGAGGGAAAUAUUGAUGAACUUGAAGAAAUAUUUUAUAAUUAUGAUUUUCAGGCUCCAUCACAGAAUAGUUUGUAUGAAGAAAAUCUGGACACUUGUUGCAUGUGUGACAACACUAAAAAUCUUGUAAUGUGUAGAGGUUGUACAGGAGAUUUGUACUGCCCACAUUGUUUUAAAAAUAAUCACGACGAAUUUGAAAACCAUAAGACAGUGCCUUAUAAGCCAUCACGACGAAUUGUUGAUUGAAGACAAUCGAAAUUCAUUCCAAUGAUUGAUUUAAUUAUUGUUUUAUAAUAGAAUUGUUAAGUUAUCAAUAAUUAUAUUAGUAGAUAGUACAAAGUGACAAACGGUAAAUCACGGAAAAUUAUUGACGAAAAAUUCACGGAUAAUUUUGAUGCUAUAAUUUUGUUAAAUGUAUGGUUGAGAUUAUUGUGCUGUGUUAAAGUUUGUAAUUUUGUACACGGAAGCUUUGUAUAUUUCUCUAAACUGCGCCGUAAAUGUAAAGCUGUGAUAUUUGAAUAUUUUUGUAUAAUUAUGUGGACGUCAAACAAAUUUUUAAUGUCAUGUGCUGCUAUUUGAAUGCACUUAAAAUAGUUUUCAUUUUGCUUUAUACGUUGUAUAAUUUAUAAUGUGUUUAAUCAACUACUUAUAAACAAAUUACACUUGGAAAAUUUUAUCAAGCUUACUAGUACUAAUUUUAUUUCUUAUUAAAACAAAAAAAUGUUAUUCUUGACCAUAAUAUUUGUUAUUAAAGACCA